AUGAGAAACUACGCAUGCGCAGAAUUUGCUAAAUUGCCGAGGUUUGUUUCUUCGGCACUCGGAUGAAAGUAGCAUCAAGCAACCGUACCUGAGUAAGGGAAUGACCGGAAACAGAUCACCUUUAGCUUCAAAGUAAAAGCAUGUUUAAUGUCAGCUUUUAUAAAGAAGUCAAACAUUGCAGUCAUUAUCUUGAAGUUAAUUUUAAAAUACAUUAUUAAAUACAAGUUAUCAGGGUCCAAGAAGACAUAGACUGUAGGAGGACACACUCAUACAUUUUAUAUAUUUUUGAUUCUCUACUAAUCUUUGUUUGUUUUUACUAUAUCUUGUUUAUGUAUCAAAUUAUUUUUCAGUCACUAUACCAGCACACAAAUGGUAAAAGUUAAUCUUUGUUGUUUUCUUCAGAUCUCGACAUUUCUUUCUUAUGUAGAGAUGGCAAACCUUUUUUUUUCUUCACAGGCCAAAUCAAAACACAACAUUGCCUACUUUGCUUGGGUUUAAGGGAUAUUCCGGCAUAAAAUUAAGUUAGGGUCAAACACACCAUAACACUUUGAGCUGUAAAUUGCCAGAGAAGUAAACAGGUGAAGUAAACGGAAUGCCCAAACAUGGAGCUAAACGUGGAGCUGAGGGCAACAAAACAGAUGUCAGCCAUGACUUUGAGUCAUCCUCUGAAGAUGGUAUUGUUAAGUUAUUCAACGUCGGUUGUGUGGCGGUGGUUCGGGUAUCUCCAAAGUGACGUCAAGUAAUUAAGCCGAUGAGCAAGGUAUGUCAGCUGUCAACGCCCUCAAAAACCGGCUACACAUCAAAUCUGUUUAAUCUUUUGAAGAAGUACUUCCCAAAUGAUUAUGCGGAAAACAUGAAAAUGUGAGAGGAGACUGCACAGCCUGUCGCUGCUGAUGGCACAAGCAGCAGUUUGGCCACAACCAGCGGCAACCAAUCAUAUCAUCUAUGUUUACAUCAUCUAAUGUUUACAUUCUAAGGUGUCUUCAUUAUCCCUGAGGGAGCGAUUUGUUUAUUUUAAACAAAUCACUAGUUUCUCUAGUUUCUUUAGCUUGUAGUACAGAUGCUUUAAAACUGGCAGUUAAAAAAAAACGUGAUAAUAAUCGAGAUUGGACAAUAUGACAAAACAUACUGAGAUCAUUUUUUUUGCCAAAUCGCCCAGGCCCGAGUUUGACCCUAACUUAGUUUUACGCAUAUCUCUCUCUUACGAAUAUUUCUUUAAAUAAAAAAAAUGUUCUGUCUAUAUUUUGAAAUUUUGAUGAAAUUGGAGUUUUGUUCUUCUAAUAUAAAGAGAGGAGUCAAAGAAACAAAUAAAAAAGGAGUAAGAACAAGCAUACAAUUUGUGAUACACUGGUACAAAUUAUUAUAUAUAAUUAUUAUAUAUAAUUAACUGUUAACACAGAAGUAGUCAUCGUCAAACAUUACAAAGUAGAAAGUAUUUGUAACGUAAAAACCGAAAAAAUAUAUUCCUGUGAUUAGUGACUGUGUAAUAAUGUUGGAUUGAUGGGUUGGCAGGAUAGACCUCUACCACAUCCAUCUCAAAUUCGUCCUCCGACAUCUUACCGCUAAGCGAUUGAGUCAUGUACACUAAUGACUAUUUCACCGCUCUGUUCCUGCACAACCGGUGAUGUCACAACUGUCGUAAACUCAAGAUGGCGCUGUGCGCAUGUCGUAAAUACACUCUUGAAAGUGGUUUACAAAAGAAAUAUAUCAGACUCUCUCCAAAUUGAUUUUUUUUUACCACACGAGGAUGCCAAUGUGGUGUGUUUCAUGUCCUCUUUAAAAAUUUGUUUUAUUGUGACAGUUCCCACCGGAAGUCGACUGUCAUCUCCUCUCCAGGCUCUGUCAGUGGUGAGGAGCUGGAUGAGGGAGAGACAGAGAAGGUGGAGGCUACAGACAGUACUUACAAAGCUGGUUUCUGGGCUCUGGUCCUUCUCGGCCCGGCGGCUGACUUACACGGUCGUGUCCCUCUUUAGGGGGUGAACUGCAAUCUGGAUCACAGGGCCGACAGGAGAGCAGGAGCGACAGGAAUGAGAGAGGAAUAAAAAAAGACAGCUCAUCGUAGCUCAAGAAAAAAAAGGAGCGACAUCGUGAACGAGACACUGAGGAGGAGACAUACCCGGGCCAGACGACCCUUCAGCACGGAUACAGGGAGGCAAAGAGGAGGGGGAACUACCGGGAUACAGGCUGAUAAAGAACACUAAAGAGGGAAGCCGUUAUCUCUAGGUAAGUUUCUUAUCAUAACAUCCAAUAAACGGGGCGUGUGUGCGCCUGAGCAGAAAAGUUACCCCAUGCACAUGUCCGUCUGAAACUGAUUUAUUCCCUUUAAACGCCCUCAAGAAGAAGUCAUACGAGCAGCCUCACUGUAUAGAGAAACCCUCGUUAUCACAUCCUAACAGGACCUUCAUUUGAUUCACAGCUAACAUGGAAUAAAAGCACAAUAACCUACUCGCCUUGUAUCAUUGUAUUAAGUUUCCAUACCUCUGUAGAUUUGAUUGGCAUUAAAGAUUUGAUAACUUUCUAUUGCACUCUCACUCAUGCCCACUCAUCUUACUCCCAACACAGGGUGAUAAAACCAGUAUACCCGGUAUACCCGGUGCACGCCGAAGCCAUCACGAGUAUUAGCUUAGUCAUUACAGAACACAGACGGGCCAAAAUUCAAUACACUUCAAUGUCUGCUCGUGAUGUGCUAACGGCUAGCAAACGGAUGAUUCAUUAAUUAGCGUCGUUAUAAGUAAAGUGUACAUUAACACAGCGGCUCGUCCGGGUGUCUCUCAGCCGGUCACUUCGCCUCGCAGCUGUGUUUUUUUUCUUUUUCCACGAGUGGGGCCUCGGGCAGCGUGGAGUCGGUGCGCGUGGAUGCAGAGGAGACCGACCGUUGGUGUACGUUACCGACGACGGCGGCGGCGGCGGCGGCGGGCCGUGGCACGUUCUGUACGCACUAGGCCGCAGUCAGCUUCUUUUCAACACUGCGGACAAACUGUUCGACCCACUGCCUCCCGUGGGGUGUGACUUAUAGCUUAAAAUUUGGCUUUUUUAGGCUCAGUUUACAACAUUUAAGCUUUCCUAAUAUCCCACUUCUUGAUUAACUUUGAUUCAAGCGGUUAUAAGCAAGAAUAAGUUCGCCGGUUGACCGUUUCCCCAACGGACAGCCGUUCAAACUGUCAGAUAAAGCACACUUAAUAUCAUUUUACGGUAUUUCAACUUUAAGAUUUGUUAAUUUCCCUAAAUAUUGCGCGUUAGUAGUUGUAAACUCUUAAUAGUUGUGUGACAUUACAGUAACAAAAAGUUGAGAAAAUGACACAAACUUUUUCCAUGAGCUACCUGCAAAGACUAUUGGUGUUAUUACAGUGUGUUAGUUUUAAGACCACUUUUUACAUUAGGACUGACUAACAGGUGCCAUGUUUCUGCUGCUUUAUUUAGCCCCAGUCUGGUCUGCUUCGAGCUCCGCACCCCCAUGUUUAAUUGGUGCCACCAGCCAACUCUCACAUUUCCACCUUGUUCUGCAUGCCCCAUAUUCACCACCAGGCUCAGUUGGGUGUCUAAACCCCCUUUGUAUUUAAAUUGAUCUAAAUCCAGCUGCAAAUACAGGUUUAUUCCCAGUAUAUUCACCACAGUGAAGUUUAGAUUGACCAAAGAGUAGUGAACACAUUUAACACCAGUCAGUGGGUGGAAACUGUAUCAAUGAAGGGGAUUGAAUAUAAGAUCAACCUGUAUUUAUCUCGUAGUGGUAAAAAUAUGUUAUGCAGUAGUUAUUGUUAGAUUGUUAAAUCAAUAUUUUAUGUAUAGUUGUAGGGGAAAUAAGGUGUCAUUAACUGUAGAGAUGAAAGACGAAGAGUGAAGAUUUUGUUUCAAUAUCAAUCCUUACAAAACAUAAUUUCUUUUACAUAUUGUUCUCAGUUUAUUGACGUUCUUGUGCAUCUCUUCAUUGUAAUAUUUAUCGGUCAAUACUGAAUGUAUUGUGUGUUUGUGUGCUGUUUCUCUGCCUCCACAGCAGUCAUGGCAGAUGCAGACCUCGACUUCCAGACAGGUGAUGCCGGGGCAUCCGCCACCUAUCCCCAGCAGUGCUCUGCUCUGCGUAAAAACGGCUUCGUUGUCCUGAAAAACCGACCCUGCAAGAUUGUUGAAAUGUCCACCUCCAAGACUGGCAAGCACGGUCACGCCAAGGUCAGAAAAUCCUUGAGUUAACUCCAAAUAAAAGCAGAGACAAAAGGUAUUUUUUGCUGUGUUGUUUUGCAAGAAAAAGAAACUACAAAGUGAAGUGGUUCAGAUAAAUAUAUUUCUCUCAUUGUGGAGUCACAAGGGCGCUUACAGGCAGAGGGAGUGUGUGUGAAUUAUCACUCUACUAUCUAUCCAUUUAUCUCUGCAAUAACACAGGGUCACUGUCAUCAAUAUUAAUGCACAAUAAUGGACACUUCACUCUGUGCAAGAUCACUAAUGUGUCCCUGAUGGGUUACAGUUUCCACUUAACCAAAAAUAAUCAUACUGAAAAUCAUAUGUAUUAUGAAUUACCGGUGUUUCAAUUUCAUACUAAUGGCAUACUGAGUCGGGACAAAGUACUGUUUUUGAAGGAGAGGAAAUUGCUUCAUGUAUGGUUUGAAAAAGUUCCUUUUUAAUGUGAAAUUGUGGUGCAUGCUGAAGUUAAGAGCUCAACUUUUUGGUGUGCUUUUGGCUCGGGCAGGUCCACUUGGUUGGCAUUGACAUCUUCUCUGGAAAGAAAUAUGAAGAUAUCUGUCCCUCCACCCACAACAUGGACGUCCCCAACAUCAAGAGAAUGGAUUACCAGGUGAGACGCUGUGCAAUACUGGAAAAUUAGCUUGUUAAUCAUGAACUAAUUGUAAAAGUCUAGUUCUUAUUAACUAGGCCAACCAAGGGAAGCGCAAGACCACUCAAUAUCUAAACUACUGGCGACAAAAUUAACUUUCCAAUCACGGUCAGAUGUUUUACUCGCUAUCGAGAAGUUAAUGAGGCAGAAAACAGGGACUAUCUUCUCUUUGUGAGGGUGUCAUUUUGAGCUGAUAAGGGAUUUCUGGUUUGGUUUUCCUUUGGGGAAAGAGUUGAAUGUGUCUUUUAUCGCAGUUGUAAGACUCUGAAAACCCAGUGUCUUUUAAAAGCACUUGGUUUUCAGAUGUAUUUCUUCGGGCCUGCCGGGGGAUAAUUGACAGUUAAAUGAUUAUUUUACAAAUCCGCGUGAUUAUUAGUCAAGAAUUUCUCUGAAAAGAACAGCUUUGCAGACAGACAUUGACAAAGGAAGAGACAGCAUUGAUCUGUAAACGGUGGCCUGAAAUCAAUCUGGUGAACUAAAGUCCAUAAAGGGGAGGUCAUACAGUAUAUGUCUUUAUCAACAUAAAGUCAUGCUGCUCUAGGCACACAUGUACAGAAAAUGUCUUCUUUUACUGUGAUUAUUUAGUUACAUAUAUAAAUGAUUGGCCAAAACAUGGCUUGUAAAACAGUAACUUACUGUUUUUAAGCCAAGUUGUGGCAACUGAUUACGAUUUUCCCCUUGUCUAAACUCAAAUCUCGAAUGUAAUUCAGAUAAAUCAACCCAAAUGAAUGUCAGAAAUCUUAGACAUGUCCAUGUAGGUCUGUUGAAUCCUCUUGAUUACAGUCUAUUUGUAGAGACUGAAACUUAAUAUGCUGCUAAAGAGACUACUUCAUGCCAACACUACUGAUCAAACCAGCUGGAUUAAGACAGGUUCUGUACACACCCAAAGUCAUUUAUGAUGUGUUCCUGUUAAACCAGUCUCUCUGUCUGUACGGACUGCGUUUGCUCACUCUUUUUAUAUGCUUUCUCCUCCCUCAGCUUAUUGGUAUCAACGAAGGCUACCUGUCCCUGCUCCAGGACAGCGGUGAGGUGAGGGAGGACCUGAAGAUCCCUGAGGGGGACCUGGGCAGAGAAAUUGAGAGCAAGCAUGACGCCGGGGAGGAGAUCUCAGUCAGUGCUCUCCCUUUACUAGUGUCAAAAUUCCUCUAUAACAGCUUUUAUAUGUUUUAGGGCGCGUUCACACCACCUUUGUUUAGUCCAGUUGAACCGAACCCUGGAGCGUUUACCCCCUUAGUGCGGUUCGUUUGUGUCAGUGUGAACGCUGACCUCGAACUCUGGUGUGACCAAAUAAACAAACUCUGGUCUGCCUGAAGAGGUGGUCUCGGACUGCUAUCAAGUGAACUCUGGAACGGUUCAUUUCUGGUGUGAACGUCAUCCACACCAAUCACAGGAGACGCACCACACACGUCGCCGUCUCGCUGUUCACGCUCGCUGGCUAACCACCGGUUCAUAUGCGCGAUCGACAAGCGUCUUUUGAUAGGCGCUCCAGAUGAGUAGCAAAAGCAAAAUCAGCCUACGAUGCUCCAUGAUAGGCGAAGACAGCAGAGCGGGGUUUGUAUUCCCGCAUGAACUAAUGACCAAUAACUGAACGAUAUGCGUGGUCACGUGACUUCCGGUUCUGUUUUCUGAAGUGAUUGAGUUUGUCCUUUGUGAACGCGAACUGGACCAGUUAAACAAUCAAAACAAAUGUAUCGUCUUGCCUUGGAUUCGAAUCAGGAAACGGACCUUUAGGUGUGAACACGACCUGAGUUACAUAUCUUUCAUGGCAGUAAUUUUCCGUAAUGAUUCUGGAUUUAGAUGAUUUAGAAAAAGUGGAAAAUUUUGAGUCAUUGUUGAAGUUAAAAGUAAAAAUGUUUAUGAAAGCAGAGCUCUUUAAUGAAUACGAAGAAAGAACUAAAAAAAGAGGGUCUAAAUGAAACCCUGUGUCUCCUUGUAGAUCACCGUUCUUAACGCUAUGGAUGAAGAGGCUGCGAUCGGCAUCAAAGCCCUGGGUAAAUGA